AUGCCGGUGGUCAACCUGAUUCGAGAGAGAUUUGCCCGCGAGAAGCCGUUGGCUGGUAUGCGCCUUGCAGCAUGCCUCCACGUGACCUCCGAGACCGCGAACUUGGCCAUAGCCCUGCGGGACGGUGGUGCGGAGGUGACACUCUGCGCCAGCAACCCGCUCAGCACCCAAGACGAAGUGGCGGCCGCACUCGUCAGCGAGUACGGUAUCCCCACCUUUGCCAUCAAGGGUGAGGACGACCAGACCUAUUACAGCCAUCUAACGGCCGCAUUGGACUCCGCGCCAAACAUGACGAUGGACGAUGGCGCGGAUCUGGUCACCAUUCUCCACACCCAGCGCUCUGAAUUGGUGUCCAAUGUGAUUGGUGGCACCGAGGAGACCACUACCGGGGUCGUCCGGCUCACCGCAAUGGCAAAUGACGACAAGCUCCUAUACCCGGUCAUUGCGGUUAACGACGCCGAGACCAAGCAUUUCUUCGACAAUCGCUACGGGACCGGCCAGAGCACCCUCGACGGCAUCACCCGUGCCACCAACAUCCUGUGGGCCGGCCGCCGCGUGGUGGUGGCGGGCUACGGCUGGUGUGGCCGUGGCGUCGCUUCCCGCGCAAGGGGCAUGGGCAGCCACGUCAUCGUUACUGAGACCAACCCAAUCCGCGCCCUCGAGGCGGUGAUGGAUGGCUUCACCGUGAUGAAGGGUAUUGACGCCGCCAAAGUGGGCGAGGUGUUCAUCACCGUCACUGGCGGAUUCCAUGCCAUCGGCCGCGAGCACAUUGAAGCUAUGCCCAGUGGGGCAAUCCUGGCCAACAGCGGGCACUUCAACGUGGAGAUCGACAUCCCUGCCCUCGAGGAAAUGGCCACCGCUCAUCGCGAGGUCCGGCCGUUCGUAGAGGAAUAUUCGAUGAAGGAUGGCCGCAAGCUGUACCUGCUGGGCGAGGGACGUCUGAUCAACCUCGCUGCCGCAGAGGGCCACCCCUCAGCCGUGAUGGACAUGAGCUUUGCCAACCAGGCCCUGUCAGCCGAGUUCAUCGUUAAGAACCAGGGCAAACUGGCCGCAGGCGUGCACGGUGUGCCCAUCGAGACUGACCGCGAGGUUGGACGACUGAAGCUGGAAUCCCUCGGUGUGGGCAUCGACAGCUUGAGCGCCGAACAGCAGCGGUACCAGGAAAGCUGGGAAGAGGGCACGUAG